UAGUCUGAAAAACCAGACCCUAGGCAACAGCCGGAGCGUUUAAAAAUUGUGGGAGGCUAGAAGAGGAACAUAUAGAUUACAUGGGCAAGGGAGAAUAGCCUCUGCCUGUGCUUCACUAGGGUAUAGCAUUUCUUUAAUAUGAUGUAUUAUUAUUAUUAUUUAUAAUAUUAUAAAUAUCUCCAUAUACUACGACACCUUGCAUGGAGCAGGGGUUCAUUUCGACAUGAUGCGCAAUGUAAGGGCGAAGGAGGACGAUGUUAUUACGGUGUAAUAACGAAGAAGAGAUCACAAAUGGAAUAACACUGCAAGCCAGUGCACCGCAGCUAGCUACAUUAUAGCGUUCAUCGUACUUUAUCUCUCCUGAAUUUGGAUGUUAUUGUGUAGCGGGAGCUUGCGUUUGCGUUUCGCUUGCACGGGGAAUGCUGACAAGGGUCGGGACUUGGUCGGGAGCAUUUCGGUCAAAUGCAGCGACAGAGAGAGCAGCAGCACGGCCAAUCGGGGCGCGUGAAGGUGCACAUGGACCUCUGAGAGGAAUCCCCUGGAUCUCGAAACGAACUGGCACAUUUAAUGUUUAAUGUUUAGUCUUUAGGCCCACUCUUCUCACGUGGCACCCGGCGCACUGUUCUAUUCUUAACGCAGGCAUUUUGUUGAUAGCGUUUUAUAUUUCUCAGCUGGGUCUUUAAAUGAGCCAGAAUAGGUUAUGAGGAUGAUGCCAGCUGAUAUCGCAUCACUUCUUUUGGGAACAUAGGAAAGCGGUCCAACUGAUCCAUUAUCAUUAGCCAAAUUACUUUCAUCAGUGUUUAACAAUUAGGAACGGAAAGCUUGGAGUUUAGAUAGGACAGUUGAUUAUUACGGAGUAAGGUGGAUCAGGCCAUUUCUACAGUGCCACAUAAUUUGCAAAUAAACAGAGAGCACACGAGAGCAACUGUAUAAUGCUACGUACGACGCGCGGGUGAUGAUUUGGAUAGAUCAAACCCUCUAGUCUAUUUGGAGAUGCGCAUGUCAGUGUAAAAUAUAGGACUGUCACUCGCUCUGUUUAGUGUUUACAAUGUCAUGUAAACUCACUGCACGCUGUCGUGGGAGCAAAAGUAGUAGGCUAUUUAUAUAGCCGCGGCUUGGCAGCCUUUAGAAUAGAAACAAGUCUCUUUUUAAAAUUGGACGUUUUCUGAUUCUUUCCGUGGAAGCCGCUCCACUGUGCCCUCGAAUGCGCCUUAAUCGUGGGCAUGAUCCUCGUGUGAGAAAUCGUUGAAAUAAUCAGCGUCGGGGUGUCAGCGAGGCUAGAGCGAGUAGGGGAUUUGGCUAGAUUAUCGCCGGACUGCUAUCUUGUUCCGUCCGUCACACACUGACUGAACCGCGGCUUCUGAUCUGCUGCCUUUUCCCUGCCCAAACUGUCACGGCAGAGCUCCUGGAAUGCGAUUUGGGGAACCCUUUCUUCGCCUUUUCAAGGAGUUUGUCUCCGAGGACAAGGGUUCUCUUGCAGAGUAAGAACGAAAAGAAUAGCUCAUUUACAAUUGAUAAAAUUAGGCUAUAGCAAUGACUGAAGCGAGUCUGCAGCGCUAUUUUACGAACAAAUCUGGCGCAUCAGAGAAUGUGGAAUUUCAUUUUUAACUCAACUAAAUUCACUAUUGGCUACAGUGUCGGGCACUGGAUACACCACGGAUGGACUAGGGGACUCUACACCUCGAUCUCAUCCAAGAGUACCGGUUAGGUUAGACACGAUUACUUCAGUAACCUACUACUCCAGAACCGCGGACGGUUAGUUCCGUUAACGAGCACCAGCCAUUCUCCCCAUCCUGCAGCCGGUAAACGGAUGAUGUUUGAGCGAGGAUGCUGCGCUUCCCCGUGAAGAAAAUUCGGAAGCAGUUCAAACUCCUUCUGCUGCUUGUGCUGCUCACCUUUGCCGUGUGGUUCACCUACCUACACAUCAAUCAGGGCAAAGCUAUCAAGCUCCACUUCAACUACGGCAAAGAUGGGGAGAAGCAGACGGAGGGGACAGACGCCAGCAGCAAGAGGGACACUCGCUCCUCAGCCGGCCACCGCAAGACUGAGGACACCAGCGACAGUCACGAGGAUGAUGCUGCGGAGGAUGAGUCCAAUGCUGGUGGAGCUGACCCCAGAGACCAUGCCCACAUCAGGAAGUUUCUUAGCCAGCGCCACAAGAAGUUGCCAUGGAAACCUGAGUUCAAAGGGCAGGCCAACCUCCAUGUGUUUGAGGACUGGUGUGGCUCGUCUGUAGCCCAGCUUCGAAAGAACCUGCACUUCCCUCUAUAUCCCCAUACGAGAACUACGGUGAAGAAGCUGGCUGUGGCUCCAAAAUGGAAGAACUACGGCCUCCGAAUAUUUGGGUUCCUCCACCCGUACAGAGAUGGUGAUUUCCAGUUUUCGGUGUCGUCAGAUGAUAACUCUGAGUUCUGGGUGAGUCCUGACGAGAGCCCUCUCAAUGCCAGACUACUGGUCUACGUUGGACAGCUGGGGACUGAGUGGACUGCUCCAGGGGAGUUCAGCAAGUUUAUGUCCCAGUCCUCAAAGUCUGUGCACCUUAUCUCAUCCAGACGGUACUACUUUGAGAUCCUUCACAAGCAGGAUGACAAGGGGUCAGACCACGUGGAGGUUGGGUGGCGUCCAUUCCUGCCAGGUCUGAAGUAUGAGGUCAUCGAUUCUGCCUACAUCUCUCUCUACACAGAUGAAUCCAGUCUGAAGAUGAACAGUGUGGACCACAUCCCUCAGACCCUGGCCAGUCACAGUAGACCAUCAUCAGUAGAGGAACAGUCACAGAGACACAGUCACUUCAACAGCCAGCAUGGAGCGGACAUGCUCAAACCAGACCCCCGAGACACUUUCUAUAGCACCCCUAUGAUCCAGGCAUCUCGUCUGGAGAACGUGCUGCCAGCCUGUCUCUACUCCCCGACCUACGUCGUCAAAGACUUCCCCAUAGCCAGAUACCAGGGCCUACAGUUUGUGUACCUGUCCUUUAUUUAUCCCAAUGACUUUACACGUCUGACACACAUGGAGAGAGAGAACAAGUGUUUCUACAGGGAGUCACCCAUCUACCUGGAGAAGUUUGGCUUCUACAAGUACAUGAAGAUAGAUGAGGAGGACGAUGAUAGACCGUUCUUCUUCCCUAACCCAGACGAUUUUCCAGAAGAGGAGGAAGGGGUGGACCCGGAAGAUGAGGCUGAGGUCGUAGGUACCCAAUCACCAAAGAGGACCGCUUCGCCUAGCCAAUCAACGAAGAGGACCUCUCACCCCAGCCUCUCCAUCCACACCUCCAGGCCCACCCUUGGAGAAAGAGAGGGGGAGGAGGAAGAGGAGAACAGCAUUGUGGUCCGUAGAGAGAAAAAACACUUCCUCAAGAGCGAUGGACAGACAUACAGAGAGUGGGACAGGGACAGGCCGAGGAGAAGAGGGGGACAGACCUCCAGGAGGGGACUUCUAGAGAGGCCCGAGGCGGAGAGCGAGGAGCUUCACCCGCGGUCGGACGAUGUGGUCCACGGUCGCUCCCUCUCCUGGAUCAGGAUGGGUCCCUCUGAGCUAGGACCAGGGGGGCCGGGCAGGAAGGUAGGAGGAGGAGGGGGUGCAGGAGGGGAGACCCCUCCCAAACUGAGCAAGUCGACCCUGCUCUUCCCCCAGAAGACCUCUCUCUCGGCCCUUGCCAGCCGCGCCAAGCAGAUUCAUAGUAACUCCGCCCCCGGCAACAACAACGCCGCUGCUAAUGCCCGUCUCCAUGAUAACGCCGCCCGUAACCGCGGCAACGACAAUAACGCCGCAGCCGGCGGCAACAACAACAACAAUGAAAAGAAGGAUGAGAACAAGAUCUACAUCACCAGGCCGCGGCCGGUCAAAGAGAGGGAGCGAGAGAAGGAGAAGAAGGAGAGGAGGGUGGAGAGGGAGAGGGAGAGGGAGAGGGGCAGGGGUCCGGCAUCGCGUCACCCGAGAGAAGUCUUCCCUGGGGUGUUUCUGUACCAGAGUGGAAAGACCACCAGACUGGUCAACCUCCAGAGCACUCGAUCCAGGGGGGGAGGGGGAGCGGGGGGCAGGGGGCUCGUCAGUGCCCCCCAACUCUGGCCCAAACCCCCUCUGAGAGACGGCAAACCUCCCCCACGUGGCACUAAUGCUAGUGUUAGCAGACAAGGUACAGUUCCCCGGGCAGCCAGCAGGGUGGCGGUAGUGAGGCUCCGAGACAGAGAGAAGAGGAGAGUUAGAGGAGGGGGAAGGGAGCACCAAGCACCCCCAGAUAGAGAGGCUGCCGCAGGUGUCGCCUUACCCAGUAGAGGAGGCACCCCAUUGCCCCAGCACCUCCAGCCCCCGCCACCUCAUUCACCCACUCCCCCCAACUCCUUGGAGAAUGCCCUUCCUAUGGAGAGCAGGCUAGAAAGCAGGCUAGAAACCAGGGUCACCUCGUACCUCAAAACCUCAGAGAUCACUGAGUCGCAGCAAAAACAACCCGACCCAGACCAAGAACCCUCAGAACCCAACCCAGAUCCUGACCCAAUCCGCUCGAACGCGGAUCCAGAACCCGACCCAGACCCGGAACCAGAACCAGAGGAGGGUGGGGUGUCCGACUACAGUUACGAGGCUGAAGAGGCGCGUCCAGGCUGGGCUGAGGAGAGCAUCAACUGGCAGAGGACAUUUUCGGUCAACCCCAUGGACUUUGAGCUGCUGCGCUCCGACUGGAAUGACCUGCGCUGCAACGUGUCUGGGAACCUGCAGCUGGCCGAGAGCGAGGUGGUGGAUGUGCUGGCACAGUACAUGGAGAAGCUCAACGAGCGCAACGGAGGUAUCUACACCCUUUUGCGGAUCAUCAAUGUGGAGAAGAGGCGAGACUCGGCCCGUGGGAACCGCUACUUGGUGGAGCUGGAGCUGAUGGAGCGCGGCCGGAAUGUGGUGCGCCUCUCGGAAUACAUCUACCUUCUGCUCCACCGUGGCCGUCUGGGCGCGGACAGCCUGGAGAACACGGAGUUCGUCCCCGCCUCGGCCCCUGCUAGGUCCCCCCCUGGUCUCAUCCUCACCACCCCCGCACCCCCAACCUCCACGCACCCCUCUGCCCAGCCCGGGGCCACCCAGUGGGGCACGGCCUAUGCCAACCCCCUGCUGUGCCAGCCGGUCAUGCUGCAGUGGCGGAAGGAUGUUAUGGUGCAUUUUGUGGUGCCAGUGAAGAACCAGGCUCGCUGGGUGCAGCAGUUCAUCACAGACAUGGAGGAGCUUCACCGGCAGACUAAGGACGACAACUUCAGCAUCAUCAUUGUCGACUUCGAGAGCACCGACAUGGACGUGGAGCAGGCCCUCCGAGAGAGCACUGUGCCUAGGUAUGAGUACUUGAGAAGAGAAGGGAACUUUGAGCGCUCAGCAGGACUACAGAUCGGAGUGGACACUAUCGAGGACAACCACAGUAUAGCGUUCUUGUGUGACCUUCACAUCCACUUCCCCCUCAACAUCCUGGAGAGCAUCAGGAAGCACUGUGUAGAGGGACGUCUGGCCUUCGCCCCUAUUGUCAUGAGACUGGGCUGUGGCAGCUCCCCACUAGAGCCUGACGGCUACUGGGAGGUGAAUGGCUUUGGCCUGUUUGGAAUUUAUAAGUCGGACUUUGAUAAGAUCGGAGGGAUGAACACGGAGGAGUUUAAAGACCGCUGGGGAGGAGAGGACUGGGAACUACUGGACAGGGUACUACAGAACGGUCUGGAGGUGGAGAGACUGAGACUGAGGAACUUCUUCCACUACUACCACUCCAAAAGGGGCAUGUGGAACGCUCAGAACAAGAAAACCCCCAAGGGAGGGGGAUAGCUAACGCCACCCCCAUGGGCCUGGACGACCCAAAACACAUGGCCUAUACCUGCAGCUCCACUGUGUGUGAGGAGAGACCCUGAAUGAGCUCACUUACUGCCUGACUUUGCCUUUUUUAGAUAGGCACUUUUCAGGGAUGCCCGUCCUUGCUCCUCCGAGGACCCAUCUGAGGAACCCUCUUUUCCCUGAGUAUGUUUUUUCCGUCAAUGGAGGACAUUGAAGGGGGAAAAUGGAGGGAAUCUGUUUGUAUGUUGGUGUUGACGUCUACCCGACUAGACUUGACCUUUCACCUCACUAACAGAACUCAAUGUAGAGACGAUGUCUUCUUUUUCUUUUUUGGUGCAAUGUUACCUGACAGACUGUUUAUUUGUAUUUUGUUUGUUUUGUUCAGAGGAAGCGCCUUUUUUUCUAGCGAGGCAUUUGUAAAGACAACCUAAGAUUUUCUACAAAAACAUCCACGUGAGGAGACGUCUGAGGAACAUUAGAAGGACUUUGUGUUGAUGACAGAAUGUUUGUUUGUUUGUGUUCAGGUACGUGCCAACAAUAGUCGUUCCGGAAAUGCGUUCCGUCACUCUGGUGUCAAAUUUCAGAUAUUAGUAUUGCAACGAGAUGUCUGGGUGUUGAAAGUAACAGUGUGUAGUGGUUCUACCUGAUGUGCUUCUUCAUAUAAAUCUAACCGGGGUGCUUCAAAUGUACUAUAGAGGCAUAUGAUGCAGUAUGGGUAACUUUCCCAAAAUUCCUGCUUAUUUACUCCUGAUUCCGGAUAUCUUUUAACAGGGAUAUCUUCCAACCUCGGAAAUUUGGGAAAGUUCCCAGAAUUUUGCAACCCUAAGUUGUUGCAUAUUAAAUAUAAGCUCUGUUGUGUGUACAGUUUUAUGGGAAGAGGACACAGAUACUGGACAGUAUGGAGUAUGGAAUGGGGGAUCCACGGUGAGAUUUCGGCAAAGGCAUCAGAUUUAACAAUGUGCUUUGAAAAACGUACUUAAUUUCACAGUCUAUCUUGCUUUCUUUUGGUCUGUCUUUCUCUCUCUUUUUCUCUUUUCUUAUCAAUUCCUCUCUUUCUGUACCA